AUGAGGCCCGCCGCCAUCUUCAUCAGCUGCUUCGUGGCUGCCUCUCUGGGCGUUCCUACAGGCCAUGAUGUCAUUCAUGAGAAGCGUACCCUUGAUGCCGUGACCAGCCAUGUCACAAAGCGCGCCGCUGCCGACACGUUGGUGCCGGUCCGCAUUGCCCUGAAGCAGCGAAACCUAGAAAAGGGCAUGGAAUAUCUUAUGGACGUUUCUGAUCCAUCAUCUAAAAAUCAUGGAAAUCAUUAUACUCAGGACAAGGUCGUUGACCUCUUCUCUCCUGCCCCGGAAUCGAUUGAAACUGUCAAGAGGUGGCUUGUCGAGAGCGGAGUUCCUGAUAACCAGAUCACGUCCCCCAGGAGCAAAGGCUGGCUCGACUUUAGGACUACGGUUGGCCAGCUUGAGAACAUUCUCAAGACCGACUAUCACUUGUACGAGAAUAAGCAAACCAGGAGCGAGCAUCUGGGGGCCGAUUCUUAUUCACUUCCCAACGAAGUCUCCAAGCAUGUAGACUUUAUUACUCCUGGUGUCGUUCCAAUCAAGGUGAAAUCCGCUCGAGCUGCCCCCGGCCAACCUCGAAAGAUUCCCUUCACUCCCUUUCCUCCCGGCUUUACAGUCAACAGCCAGGAUGCAUCCAACUGCCCUACUCAAAUAACCCCCGCAUGCAUCAAGGCCCUCUACAACAUCACCGACUCAACGACGGCCGUCGAGGGCAACCAGCUAGGCAUGUUUGAGAGCGACAAUGAGAUGCAUAAGCAGACAGAUCUGGACCAGUUCUACAGGCAAUACGCCCCCAAGAUCCCCAAGGGCACCGGACCCAAGAUCGACCUCAUUGACUGGGGCAGCACAAAGCCAGACCCGAGCCAGGCUGUGGGAGAAGCCGCGCUCGACUUUGACGUCUCCAUUCCCGUCAUCUACCCUCAAGGCACCGAGCUGUACCAGACAAAGUCCAACUUUGACGGACAAACGCACCUCGGAUUCCUGAACCAGUUCCUCGACGCCGUCGACGGUGCCUACUGUACCUCUGACGGCGGAGAUGACCCCAACGUUGACGGCGUGACCCCCGACGAGGCCUGCGGCACCUUUAAGCCUGCCAACGUCAUUUCCCUUUCCUACGGCUUGACCGAGAACGUCUGGCCCACCAACUAUCUCAAGGCACGCAACGGCGACAUCUUCAACCCAGCGAGCCCUGCAUCGUGCCCGUACGUGACGUCGGUCGGGGCCACCCUCCUGCCCCCGGGCAGCUCACCCGGCGCCCCCGAGUCUGCCACCGAGAGGUUCGGCUCCGGAGGCGGCUUCAGCAACAUCUGGACCUCGCCCGACUACCAAAAGGCUGCCGUCUCGUCCUUCUUCUCGUCCAACGACCCCGGCUUCCAGAGCUACAACACCAGCGACAACAACAUCCCCUCUGACGGCGGCAUCUACAACCGAGCCGGCCGCGGGUUCCCUGACAUUUCUGCCAUCGGCGACUACGGCGUCAUUGUGCUCAACGGCCAGGCCGGUCGAACCGGCGGUACUUCCAUGUCCGCGCCCAUCGUGGCCGCCAUCUUUACUCGCGUCAACGAGGUGCGCCUCCAGGCAGGCAAGAAGCCUAUUGGCUUUGCCAACCCGGCGCUGUACAAGAACCCCUCCAUGUUCAAGGACGUGACUCUCGGCAGCCAGUCGGGCGAUUCUGCUUGCAAUGGCAAUGGCUUCUCUGCUGUCGAGGGCUGGGACCCCGUUACUGGACUGGGGACUCCUGACUUUCCCGCUGUGAUUGAAUAUUUCUCAAAUCUGUAG